AUGGCGGUCCCCCGCACUUCAGAAUCCUUCAACAACAACAACAACAAUAACAACAAACGAGCACGCUUUGAAGACAAGCUUCAACAAUGCCGUAAUCAGCAACGUUUGAAUUCGAGGACUGUUUCUGAAUUGUGGAAUGCUUACUUGGAAUAUCAACCACAGUCUUCCGAUGACUAUGAGCAACUCAUGCACAGCUUGUCGACUCGUGCUCAAGAGACGCGUCGAUCGCUCAAUUGGGGACGUAUUGUGCAAGCAUACCAGGACGCAUUGGAUCGAGGAGUACAGAGGACGAAGCCUAUGGUAUUGAUUGCUAUUAUGGCGUAUGGACGAACGGGACAAUUUGACAAGGCACGAGUGGCAUUUGAGGAGCUGCAGGCACAAGGCCUUGUGGAUGGGAAGGCAUAUCAGUGUUUGAUGGAUGCGGCAUUGGAUACCAAUCUUCUUCAAAUGGCUCAAGAUGUGAUAAGGAAGGGUCGACGAGAAGGCGUUUUGGAUGAAGCAACCAUGGCACAUUGCGUGAAUCGAUUUGUCCAAGUCAGUAUCCGUAAAUCCAAUCUUGCCAGAGCCCUUGCAGUGCUACACGAAUGCGAAAACGCUCUUGGAGACCAUAGCAACGAUGCAGCUAUUGCGAUAUGGAAUGGAUAUCGGAGGGCAAUGGGCAUGUCAAUGUUGAAUACGAUUGAUCCUACGUCAUUGGAGGCUUUUGUCCAUGCUUUUACCCGAAGAAUGCUUCACCAGGUCUCUGUUGCACGUAGCACACAGGCAUUAUACACCUCAACACAUCUCAGCUUGGUAAUGGAUCUUGUCAUGCAAGCAGAUGCGGCCUUGGUACCGACGGCAAAGACACAAACCAUGCUGCUGGCAGCGUAUGCAUCAGAAAAGAAAAUGUCAAAGUUUGGAAAAAUGCUGCAAUCGACACACGACAUGACAUCUCCUUCAUCAUAUACCCACGUUCUUUACAAGACAUCUUCCAAGAUGCUCGACAAGGAUGGUCAUGCAGCAUUUAUUCAGGCUUUUGUCGACGCCAAGGAUCUCAAAGCAGCACAGCGUGUCGCACUCGAUAUGCAAAGGCGAUCAUUUGCAGUGGAUAUGAAUUCUCACAUGGCCAUUGUCCAAGGCUGGGUACAACAAGGUCAACCUGAUCGAGCAAUGGCAUGGCUGGAAAGGAGCAAGUAUCACCUGGCAACAGUAGCACCACAAUCUGACAACAUUGCACGCCUCGACACUUAUGCAACAGUAUUGGAAGGAUGGUUGGCAACAGGCGAAUGGAGCAAAUGUGUAUCACAGUACCGGUCAUUGAAGGGCAUGGGAUUACCAGUGGAUCACAAUCGUCGCAUGAUCAAAUCCGUCAUAUCAGCUCAAAUGGCUCUUGGUGAUUUUGCGGCAUCCAAAAGACUGCUUACGGCAAUGCCUAUCCAAUUUACAUCCAUGACCAUUCAACGUAUCACAUUGGGGUUGCUAGGUCUCAAGAAUGGAUCAGUGAACCGGGUAUCAGGACAUGUGGCCGUACGUGGAUUAUUGAGCAUGGAAAAGGAAUUGGGAUUACAAGUAUCGCUUUCUGGUCUUGGUCGAAUCAUUGGCAAAUUGGGUGAAAGAGGUGAUCUCAACGAGGCGUUUGCAUUGUACCGUAAUGCGAGGAGCAAUCGAUUCGAUGGAUACAAACAUGUGCAUCAUGUUUUCAAGGCGAUGAUGGAGGCUGCAACUUUGAACAACGAUAUGGCCAAAGCAGAGCGCGUAUUUCUUGAUAUGAGCGGAUGGUAUCAGCAACAUCAUGCGAGUGAUCCACCCUUAUCCUCUUUCAACAUGCUUCUCAACAAUUACGCUUCAAGACAACCAUUACCCCAUGCCGGUCGUAUCAACAAAACUUUUCGGCAGAUCAUGGAUCAUGGCUAUGAGCCCGACACAACAACAUACAACAUACUCAUCAAGGCGUUCGUCAAUCUCGGCAACAUGCCAGCAGCAUACAGCAUAUUCCAGCGCAUGAUUGAAUCUGGUCAAAAGCCUGAUAGCUGGACAAUCAACACAUUGAUUCAAGGUUGGGUGGAUGAGCACGACAUGAUGGGUGUGAAGCAAUUCAUGUUGACCCUGGGAGCGCAAGGUUUGACCAUGGACAAUGUUUCGUACAAUUUGCUGGUGGAAGGUCUUUUACGGCUAGAUCGAAGGAGGAUGAGCACUACGCGAUUGGCAAGGCGGCGCAAUGAAUGGUCUUUGAUCAAACAACAUCAGCAUCAACAAAAUUAUCCCUUGUCUGGUCAAGAUGUAUGGACGAUCUUUGAAUCAGUGGUUGGCGUGUCACAAGAGAAUGUUGUCAACAUUGUGGAACAGCAAUCACAUGAACACAAUCUGAACUACAAGAACAAGCCAGAUGAUAUUACAUUCAAGCUUUUCAUCAAGGCAUUUCAGAACGCUAAUGAUUAUCACUCAGCAUCUAUUAUGCAGCAUUUCUGGAAAGCUUCCUUAUGA